AUGGAAAGCUUGCUUUGUGAUGAGGUUUGGCCGUCAAGUCCUGCUGUGAAUGAUCUUAUGAAUCACAUUGACUUUGAUCAUUGUGGUUCAAAGAGUUACUGUGGAUCAUCAAUGCACACAACUAAGGAAGACUUUGAGCAGGCUCUUACCAUAUGCUUGGGGAAGGAGAUGAGUUACAUGCCUGGACCUAACUAUGCAGAGAAAUUGUGUUCAAAUAAUUUGAUCAUUGCUAGGUUUAAAAGCAUUCACUGGUUUAUCAAGUGUAGAAGUCGGUUGAACCUCUCCCUUGGAACUGUUUUCUAUGCUGCAAAUUACCUUGAUCGAUUCAUAUCUAUGAACCAUUGUAAUGGAUGGGAAUAUUGGAUGGUGGAAUUGUUGUCUGUUGCCUGUUUAUCCAUUGCCACCAAAUUCAACGAUACCUGCACUCCGACGCUGCUCGAAAUUCAGAUGGAAGAUCUUGACCAUUUAUUUGAGCCAAGCACAAUCCAACGAAUGGAAAUGAUGCUGCUAAAGGCAUUAGGAUGGCGCCUCGCUUCUACAACAUCUUAUUCUUACCUAGAAUUGUUGACACGGAUCAUGGACUCAUUGAAACCUCAACUUCAUCAAGAGUUCAUUGCCCGAGUCAACAAGUUGCUUCUUGGAGCUAUUUCAGAUUCGAAGCUGCUGGGUUUUAGGCCAAGUGUGAUUGCCAUGUCUGCCCUAAGGUGCAGUCUGGACAAGUUACAAACUUCAACAGCAACAUCUGAUGCCUGCCUCACUUGUCUUACAAGUCUCUUGGAUCAUGAUCGAAAGGCUGAGUUGGUGAAAUGCCAUAAGAUCAUGGAAGAGCAAUCGGUUGAUGGCUUGGACAACUUAAUAGGUCACGAGAUUUUCCAUUUCUGCCCUUCAAGUCCCACAACAGUGUUGUUGAAGGAGCGUAUUAACUCUUAUGAUAACCAUGUUGAUUUCUCUCUCUUUAAUAUGAGAGGCCGAAACAUAAUCAAUGCGGAACCAGGGAGGAGGAUCAACAAGAGAAAGAGAGAAGAAGAUGAUCAGUAA